UUCCAGAUCUGGAAAUCGGCUCUAUCCUCCCCUCCAUCAAUCAUCACACUCCCCACCCCGCGGCAUCCAUGCCAACUAUGUCAACUAUGUCUACCAUGGCAGAUUGGAUCCCCUCGCUUUCGCAGCUGAUCCAGCUAUACUUCAUUAUCAUCACCUCGACUGCACUCCUCGCCGCAACAUUACCGCCCCUCCGCGAUUCGAUCCUCACCUAUGGCAAACUAGACGCCCCCUCUUCCUCUCCUUGCUCAUCCACUGACACAACAAACAUUUCCAAUUCUUCUGCGACUCCGCGCAGGGACACAAACACGGACCAUGGCCGGUUUAUUUCAGUUCUCAAGACCUUGAGGGUGCCCAAGACUUGGUUCGGACAUUUCUACGUCUUUGCGACGAUCUGGUUUGUCUAUCUCUCGAUCGAUCUCGUCCAGUACACCUCUGCGAGAUCAUGGGCGCUUCCCCAUAUCCUGGUAUCCACAUACCCUUACUGGAGCUUUCUUUCCCUCCUGAACUGGCUUGGGAUCAUGCCCACAGGACCAUCGCCUCAAAUCUCCUCUUGGACUCCACCCGCAGCCGUCCUCCUCGCCAUGUCCUGCUAUUGGAUCCACGUCCUCCGGAGAUGGUACGAAUCCUGGUUCGUGGAACGGCCCUCGACUGGGGCACAGAUUCAUUUGGGACAUUACCUGGUCGGCAUCUCCUUCUAUGCGGCCAUGGCUCCAGCCUUGUGGGUGGAUGCGUAUGAAUCUUGGGUCAGAGUCGGAUCUGGUCCGCAGUGGAGGGAAUACGAUUUAGAAAAUACACAGGCAGAGUUGAAGGGGUUGUUGGAGAGCUGGCGGUGUGUGGUCGGUGUGGGGCUGUUCGUUUGGGCGUCGUGGCAUCAGCAUCGGUGUCAUGUCAUUCUGGCGGACUUACGAAAACCAGUAGUGGUCAAGACUAGGGGGUCCUCCAAGGCAGGUGGUGCGGAGGAAGCGAAAGGAUCGCAGGAGUACAGGGUGCCGUUUGGGGAUUGGUUCGAGUACCUGGUCACACCGCAUUAUUCGGCAGAGAUGGUGAUCUACUUUGCGCUGUAUCUCACCCUGUCGUCGUCGUCGUCGUCGUUGUCACCGAUGACACUCCUGUUCGCUUGGGUUUGGGUGGUCGUGAACCUGGGUAUCGUGGCAAAGGAGACGGAUCAGUGGUAUAGGAGUCGGUUUGGGGAAGCCUAUGCUGGACAAAGGCGCGCAAUUCUAAUUCCGUUUGUGUAUUGAAUCAUUCAAUGGAAAAAAAAA